AUUCGUCAGUUUCUUUUCUGUUUUCUUGAAGAUUGCUUCGAUAUGAUUCUUUAUUGACUUAUCACGAAUAAUGUAUAUCAAGCAGGUUAUUAUCCAAGGUUUCAGAAGUUACAGGGACCAGACUGUGGUGGAGCCUUUCAGUCCUAAGCAUAAUGUCAUCGUUGGCAGAAAUGGGUCUGGGAAAAGUAACUUCUUUUAUGCCAUCCAGUUUGUAUUGUCAGAUGAGUUCAGUCACCUGAGGCCUGAACAGAGGCAGGCCUUGCUUCACGAGGGCACUGGUCCUCGUGUUAUUUCUGCCUUUGUGGAAAUCAUCUUUGACAACAGUGACAACCGAAUACCUAUUGAAAAAGAUGAAGUUGUCUUACGGCGUGUCAUUGGGUCAAAGAAAGAUCAGUAUUUCCUUGAUAAGAAAAUGGUCACGAAAGGUGAUGUCAUGAAUCUCUUAGAAAGUGCUGGGUUUUCCCGUAGUAAUCCAUACUACAUUGUGAAACAAGGAAAGAUCAAUCAAAUGGCAACGGCUCCAGAUUCCCAAAGAUUGAAACUUUUACGUGAAGUGGCAGGUACUAAGGUUUAUGAUGAAAGGAAGGAGGAGAGUAAAGUCAUACUACGAGAAUCAGAGGGAAAAAGAGAGAAGAUUAAUGAUUUGUUGAAGUAUAUUGAGGAAAGACUGGCAACGCUUGAGGAAGAGAAGGAAGAAUUGAAAGAAUACCAAAAAUGGGACAAAAUGAGAAGGUCUCUGGAAUACACUAUACAUGACCAUGAGUUGAGAGACACGAGGAAGAAACUGGAUGAUCUUCAAGAAAAGAGAGAAACAAGUGGUGUACAGACACAGAAAUUGCGUGAUUCACAGCAAAAUGCCAAUGAUAAAGUCAAGGCAAUCAAUAAAGAUCUUAGAGAAUUAAAGACCAGGAUGCAGACAAUUUUAGAUGAGAAAGAACAGAUUGCAUCUGAAAAUCAGGAUCUAACAAAAAGGAAAGCGAAACUGGAACUUAACAUCAAAGAUAUUCUUGAUGAUUUAGAAGGUGACAAAAAGGCGAGGAAAAAAACAGAAGAAGAGCAAAAGAAAGUGAAUGAAAGAAUAGCCAAAACACAGGCUUCCUUAGAGGCCAUUACACCACAGUAUGAGGCCCAACAAAGUCGGGAAGAGAACUGCACACAACAAUUAUCAUUGGCUGAACAAAGACGGAAAGAACUUUAUGCUAAACAGGGUCGAGGAAACCAGUUUACGUCUAGGGAUGAAAGAGACAAUUGGAUAAAAAAGGAGCUCAAGUCACUCAAUCGAGCAAUCAAAGAUAAAGAAGAACAAAUCCGCAGAUUACGGGAAGAUUUAACUAAUGACACGAAAAGAGCUGAACAUUUAAAAAUUAAUAUACAGGACAUUGGUAGCAAGACUGACCAGAACAAAGAUAUUAUAGACCAGAAUCAGAGGAGUUCAUCAGACAUGAAGAAAGAAAAGGAAACCAUCCAUAAUGAGAGAAACGCUAUGUGGAGACAGGAAAACAUAAUGCAACAGGAGCUAGUUGGCAUUCGUGAGGAGCUUAGUAAAAAGGAACAGGCUCUACGUUCAAUGACGGGAAAGGCAAUUUUAAAUGGAAUAGACAGUGUACAAAAAGUGAUACAGUCUUUCCGAGAUCAGCGAAAAUUUUCUGAGGUGUGUGAUGGCUACCUCGGUAUAAUGAUAGAAAACCUAGACUGUGACAAAGCCUUCUUCACAUGUGUAGAGGUCACAGCUGGCAGCAGAUUAUUUCAUCACAUAGUUGACACAGAUAGAACUGGCACAAAGAUCUUGGCAGAGAUGAACCGACUUCGGUUACCAGGGGAGGUAACCUUCAUGCCUCUGAACAGACUGGAUGCUCGUGACACCCCAUAUCCUAAUAUUAGUGAUGCAAUCCCAAUGAUCAGCAAGCUCAAUUAUGAUCAGAAAUUUGCACGUGCAAUAAAACAUGUCUUCGGUAAAACGCUGAUUUGUCGGAACAUUGAGACUGCUACCCAAAUAGCUCGUACACAAAAUCUGGAUUGUAUAACUCUGGAUGGUGACCAGGUAAGCCGCAGAGGUGCUCUGACAGGUGGCUUUUAUGACACACGGCGAUCUCGACUUGAUCUGCAGAAAAGUAAGCUGGAGUUACAACAGAAGCUUGAUACACAGGAAAGAGAAUAUGCUGCUCACAAGUCUAAAUUAGAGGUCCUGGAAUCUAAAAUCAAUAAUCUUGUUAGUGAAAUGCAGAAAACAGAAACGAAAAACAGCAAAAACAGAGACACGUUUGAGAAGAUGAGAGCAGAUCUAAGAUUGAUGACAGAAGAACUACAAUCCAUUGAGAGAUCUAGAUCACCAAAGGAGAAGAGUGUAGCCAGUUUACAGACAAGUUUAGAGGCUAUGCAGGGAUCAGCUGCCUCACUUAAUGAGGAGCUUGGCUCAGAUCUUCUGUCUCAACUGAGUGUGGAGGACCAGAGAGAGGUAGAUUACCUCAAUGACCAGAUCAAACAACUUACACAGCAGAACAAGGAGGCUCUUACAGAGCGUAUACGGUUAGAGGGUGAGAAGAACAAACUAGAUAACCUUCUCCACAACAACCUGAUGAAAAAGCGUGACCGUAUCAUCCAUGAGUUACAAGAAGUGUCCGAGGAAGACAGACGGGCUAGACUUGAAACAUUAAAUGCAGACCUAAUGACUGCAGAUGAACGAAUAGUGGAUCUCAAGAAACAAUCAAAAGAACUGGAUGACCAAUUAGAUAAAAUGAAUAAAGAACAAAAGAACUUACAGAAUAAUUUGGAAUAUUGGAAGGGUCAAGAAAAAGACAGCCAUGAAAAGAUAAGUGAUGAUGCAAAAGAGCUGGAAAAGAUGACAAACAAGCAGUCUUUAUUAUUAAAAAAGAAAGAUGAAUGCAUGCGGAAAAUUCGGGAGCUUGGAUCGUUACCCAGUGAUGCUUUUGAAAAGUACCAGAAUUUAAGCUUAAAACAGUUAUUUAAGAAACUUGAACAGUGUAAUCACGAACUGAAGAAAUAUAGUCACGUCAACAAGAAAGCUUUGGACCAGUUUGUAAACUUCUCAGACCAGAAAGAGAAACUUAUAAAGAGGAAAGAUGAACUAGACAGAGGCCACGAAUCAAUCCUGGAUCUGAUGAAUGCAUUAGACCACAGAAAGUAUGAAGCCAUUCAGUUGACAUUUAAACAGGUCUCUAAGUAUUUCAGCGAGAUAUUUAAGAAACUUGCUCCUCAAGGACAUGCCGUGCUUGUGAUGAAGAAAGGCGACAAUGAACAAAAUGGUGAAGAUGAUGAUGGGUCACCACAGCAAGAUGUUCCUUUAGUAGAACAGUUUACAGGCGUUGGCAUCAAGGUAUCAUUCACAGGAAACAGAGCAGAGAUGAAGGACAUGUUACAGCUAUCAGGAGGACAGAAAUCACUGGUAGCUCUGACACUUAUAUUUGCCAUUCAGAAAUGUGAUCCUGCCCCCUUCUACCUGUUUGAUGAGAUAGAUCAAGCUUUAGACGCACAGCACAGGAAAGCUGUAGCAGAUAUGAUUCAUGAAUUAGCUGGUGAUGCCCAGUUUAUUACUACUACGUUCCGGCCAGAAUUGCUUCAACAUGCUGACAAAUUCUAUGGUGUCAAAUUCAGAAACAAGGUAAGCCAUAUUGAAUGUGUGAGCCGUGAGGAGGCGGAGGACUUUGUAGAAGAUGAUUCAACACAUGGGUGAGGAUUGUCUAUCGAUUUAGCUGGAUAAGUGGCUCCUUCAGACAUCCUGGUCUGGAUACACAUAACAAUGAUAUCUGUGAGGUACCUGCAAGGAACUUCUCUACAAAAGGCAGCAUUUUUAGUUAGUGUUGUCUGUGUUCAGGUGAUGUCAGCUGGUCCAAAGAGGUAUCCGCCUGAUCCUAGUGACACUGGAUUGUUAUAGUAACAUCAACAACUCAAAGUGCCAUGUGACUGAUUCUUAUUAUGGCACGAGACAUAAUUACGCAAUAUCAUAGACAAAUCUUGGAACUUACGGCAUGACUGAUGUCAUAUAUGGAAGUUAGUACAGGUUGAGAAUGUUACAUUGUUCACUAAGAUUAAUUUGAAUGAUGAGCUCUAUAAAUAAGAGAAAUAUGAAUAUGUAACUCCAUUAGAAAUUAAAUGUGUUCUGAUGAAAAUUCUUUUAAAAUUAAAAGCAAAAACAUUGUUGAAUUGAAAAAUGUUUAAAGGUAUACCACUAUUUGUUAAAUUGAAUAAUUUUAAAAUAUUAUCAAUGAUAAGUGAUGUUUCUUUUCUCCAAAAGUCUUACUGGUAAUAAAUUAUUCAAAUAUUAACGUAGGUCAAGGAAUUUAUGUGCUGUUUUUUUCUAGUUAAUAAAAGAGUUCAGAUCAUGUAUGAUAUUGACUUUAAUGUUAAGUCAUGUUGCCAUUGGUUUUAUCUGAAAAAAUGUAGAGUAUGUCAAGGCAGCCUGAGAGGGUUACACAUGAGAGAGAGUGUUUCCACAGGAAAAGUGAAAGAAUGAAGUAUCAUGAGAGAAAGAGGACAUAUAAUAUUCCCACUUAUAUCAUUCACCAUUAAUAUCACAGCUGUAACAUAACACAACGGAAUCAGUAACUAUACUAUUUUGCUGAUAAGGUUACCCAUUAGGGCAGGGCUAAUGAUCUCACAACAGUUUAAAAUUCUCUUUCAUCUGCAACUUUAUCUGAUACACUCAUGCAGGAAUGUAUAUAAAGUUACAGGGGAAGAUCUGGAGUUGUCGUUCAAAAGUCAUAAGGUUUUUACUUCAGUGUUGGAUAAAGUGGGUUGAACCUCCUGUUUGUAGUUAAGGCCAGUAAAAAUAAUGAGAAAAACGUCAUCAGUGUAAGUGGUCUUUAAUACUGAAGGAAAAAUCUCACAAGGAAAUCUGAAAGAUUCAAGGAAAGAAAUAUUCAGUGCUGAUUGUAAAUGUUUUAAUGCAGUUUUAUUGUGAAACAGCUUAUUCCUGGCUAUGAAACUAAAUCUGUUGCACAACUUGUGUUAGAAAUUCAUUCUGUCCUGCAUUUGUUGAAAAAUGAUAAAUGUUGAACAGAAGCAAAUUUCAGAUUGAAGCCAUGUUGGUUAACAUAAUGUUAAACUAGAUAGUGGUGCAAAUCAGUUGCAAGAUAGUAAAGCUUUUAUCUAAGAGUUGUGUAGUCCCAGUAAUCCCGACCUCUUGACAUCUUCCUCUGCUGAGAAACACAUCAUCUUGACGGGUAGGAAGGAGUGUGGAAUUAUUUGUAAUUACUGAUUGUUGUCAAGUGUUUUUGUAUAAAUGUUGUUAAUAAGAUGGUCAGAUAUUUUUUAAAUAUAUUGUGCAAGUCUUUGAUGUUUAUCAUUCAUCUUAAUCAUUCUGUUAUGUCUGUAUUAGAGGUGAUUUGAACUCUUGUAUCAGAUCUGUUAGAUUCAUGUCCUAAAUUUAUCAUACUUUUAUCUAUGUAAA